AGGCAGGCAGUAACUGAGCUCCGAGCCACCGGCUGAGCGACAAGUGCAUGUGCAACGAUACAGACAUAUGCGAGGAGCGUGCUCUCUGUUAGGGCAAAAGCGCCAGCGGCGCGACAGGCGCAAGUGAGAGGAAAGUAGCUGGCAGCAGCCGUCGCCAUCAUCAUCAUCAGCGGCGGCGGUGGCAGCAGCCUCUAUAGAGCUGCUCGAAAUAGCGGAGAAGGGAAGUGUCACAGACUGGACGGACGAGGCGACUAGUAGCGAGGCAGGCGAGCGGUUGAGCGAGCGCUGGUGCAAGCAGGCGGCACCAGCCACUCCCACUAUUUGAACGACUACAAGAACCGCUGCUGCUCCGGCCGCGGCGGCGGCGGCAAAGAGGCGCAAAAGAAGGGUAAAGAAAGCAGAGGACGCUGGAGGCUGCUUGUCUUCUCAUGUUGUUUGGCAAGAAGUCUCGCCGUAGACCGACGGUUGUCUACUGCGCUGUACUGAUCUGAGAACUGUUGUAUAGCUGGUAGAGGCAGACAGUUGCAAUACUGUUGACAUGCAUGAAUCGCUGAGAAAUAAACGGAGAAAAAACUAGCGACGCACACAGAAGUAGGAUAAGUUCAGUUGAUCUGAACUGUCCUUCUCCAGUUCACUCCGCUGUCGAACGAAAGCUGUGCGACGAAGCUGAAUUUUGCUGAGGACGCCAAACGAAGUAAUUGGCCGACCACGCAACGAGGGCAAGCGACAUCAGUACAGAAAACUCUACCUGAUCAACUGUUAACAGAAGGCGAAGAGAAAAGGUUCGUGCGACUGUGACCGUGAGUUAGUUAGUGAGCGAGCACGCGUGGUGCCACCUCUUCCUGUAAAUCACAUACAUACUCGUGUUAGCUGGAGGACUGUGAGCAUACAGAUAUUUAUGUAAAACUCGAGGAGAACAAAUCGCGCUUUAGAAACACCUGCGGUUGAGCUGAGCUUGAAGGAGCAGCGUUUCAAGGAGGCAACACCCAUAUCGAAAGACGGAAUCAGCAAACGACACGUAGAAACUCCAACCAAGUAGAGCAGCAGUCGACGAUUUGUAUGUAUUCGUGUGAACUUGUUUCAGCAAAAGCACGCUGUUGCGAAGUCGUUAGUGAAACGACAAAUGUCUAGCCGCGUGACGUCGCUGACUCGGUGAACUAAAGGAUACGGUGCUUCGCGUCUAGUGAAGUAUAGAUAUAUCCAUGGUUACUGUAGUUGAUUGCAUUAUUAUUUAAUUCUGUGUAUAGUGUGGUUGGUAAGAGCGUGCCUCUGUCCGUGGCAAUUGUGCGUCAUACUUCGUCGUCGCCGCCGCCGUUGAGAGGGCAAAUUGCUCGUGAGCGCGCUGCGGAGUUAUCCGCAGGUGACAUUACGCGUAACUUCCUUCAACGACAACCACGGCGACAACAGCUACCUGUUUGGCCACAACAGCUUCGAUUGUGUAAUGAUCCAGUAUGCGACAGGAAUAAGGUGUCCUGCAAUUACAAGUGAUGCCUAUUACUAUUGCCGGUACGAAAACGCCAGACACCGAAGGGCAACUUAAUAGAGAAAAGUGCAAGGCAACGUUAUAGCAUUUUUCGCAGAGACUCAAUUCGUGCUGAGGUCAAUGAUGGCGACGAUAGUUGAGGCCAACAAGUGAACCAGCAGUAAAUGCGCUGCAUCAGUCCAUGAUCUGUCAGUCCACUGACGCCUGUGCCCGCAUGUGCGUCUCUAUGCGUGUAUGUGCCGCCGGCCAUAAAUACCUGUUCACUUUCGACGAGAGAAAGGCGCGUUGCAUUAGAGAAGGGAGCGCACACAUUGCUGCUUCUGUAGCGGCGGUGGCGGCGGCAGCAGCAGCAGCAGCGGACCGGACCAGACCAGGCCGGGGCGACCCUGAAGGAGAUCCAGAGAAGCCGUCACAGCACGUCAGCUUCAGCGCUAGUACCAUCCGGCCGAUGUCGUUUUAGGCGCUGCUGAACUACGACGUCGACGGCGCACAGCGCGCUGCUCCUACUGCUGCUGUUGCUGUUGCUGCUGCUGCUCACUCGUAGGAGUCAUCAGGUGGCGCGUCGAACGGAGGAGCCACAACCACUUGUUGUACGCGCAGUGCUGCUCCGGAGUGGCGUCGGUGUGGCCGCUGGCAACGCCGCCGCUGGCGCCGCCGCAGCCGUCACCGCCACGGCCGCCCCAAGCCGAGGCCAGAUAUCAAAUAGCAGCGGCUGGCGUUCUCUCCUCAAACAACACGUUACCGGAGUAUUUUGCGGUGCCGUGUGCCGGCUUACCCCACAAGGACAGCCAAUCGACUAAGAGACCAGCCCAAUCUUUGCUAUAGUAAUACUAUUGCGAAGAGAAGUUUGCUGCAGGUGAAGAGCUAUACAUGUACAUAGAGUAAGUGAUCUGUGCCAUCGUGAUCGUCCUCGCCGUUGUCCGCGCUGCUCUGCGCGCCCGCUGUGAAGUCGAGGCGGGAGUGCAGCGCAGUCGUUACUCCGAAAUCCGGUAACGUCCAUCAGUCAGUGCGGAGGAAAGAAACGAGGCUGCUGAAAGGGCUAAGCAGGAAAAAAGCCAUCUCUUUUCGCCUCACAUACGGAAUAUCCCUUUCGUUGUACCGGUGCCGCUCGUCGCUGUCGAAGGCCAUCACUACCUGCCAAAGCAACAUCUUCGCGCCGCUCACUACUGAGAUGAGGUUAUAAGGGAAACCUGCGCAACCUCGAUUGAUCUAUUAUUGUCUUCGGUGUCUUUGUCAGCGUUCGGGAGCCACUUUCCACGAGCUGGCCCUCAUCGUCGUCUUCUUCGGAAGCACCAUUCGAGGUGGUACUCACGACGACGGCGAUAACGACGACACCGACAACAACAAGGAAUAGCUCUAGCGUUAUUAGUUCGGUUGUUAUGUAGUGCGCGUUGAGUUAAUGGUAAAUACAAGCGAAUAACCCUGUCGUUGUCGAUUAAGUGACCUCGCACGUCUUGAACUUAUCGUUUGCCUUCGCCGCUGCUGGACCUACAAGUGCCAAUGCCAGCAACCCCCAACACAGGUGGGUCGUGGCUCAUGAGUGCAGAGUGAGCGGCACAUAUUAGGUCAGCCAGGACAACGCGGCAAGGACUCAAAUUGCUGCUACUGCCCUCCGCAGCAGCGGUAGUAGUAGUAGUAGUAGUAGUAGCGGCGGCUGUAGCAACCGCAGCGUCAUCGGCGUAUGGUUCAGAAGCCAAGGAGAGAUCGGCAAGAAGUGCAAGCCAAGUGAGUCAAUAGGGAUUAUUACUGACACUAACAUCUAUCGGCCUGUGAUAAUAACAACAGUAUAAUAUAGGAAGAAGAAAGGCGGGGAUUGAAAAUAUUGCUAUUGCUUUGAGCUUUUUUGGACUAGCUAUACUCGUUGCGACGUAAACCACAACGACGGCGUUGAUUCAACAAAAUCGCUUUGAAGGUGCCGAGAAAGUUGUAAGCUAGAAGUAGUGAAAAAUUAAAAGUUGUUGGAGAAAAAGAUAACCAAUUGAACGAUUAAAUAGGCUAAAGAAAGCUAUUCGUGACGGUUGUGGCACUGCCUAGCUUACGAUAACAGCGGAAGUGACCAGCGCGGUAAUGGAUCAACUCUCUGAACUUGGUCUGGACUCAGGCCUCGGUACGUUCGAGCCACAACAGCGGGCCCGUUCAAACACGUGGCCCCUGCCAAGGCCGGACGACUUUGUCGACAAAGAUGACGCCAAUCUGGAUGGCAAGAGCAGUGAUGCCCAGGACAGCAGCCAUGCCGGUGGGGCAUCGGGACCUGCGCCGAAGAAGACGCAAUCGCGGCGUAAUGCCUGGGGCAAUAUGAGCUACGCGGACUUAAUUACCCAGGCCAUUACGUCAACACCCGACAAACGUCUCACGCUGUCGCAAAUCUACGACUGGAUGGUGCAAAAUGUAUCAUACUUCAACGAUAAAGGGGAUUCCAACAGCUCCGCCGGAUGGAAGAAUUCGAUCCGGCACAACCUAUCUUUACAUAAUCGCUUCAUGCGGGUGCAGAAUGAAGGCGCGGGAAAGAGCUCAUGGUGGAUGAUCAACCCUGAUGCUCGACCCGGGAAAGCUGCUCGCCGACGCGCUACUUCAAUGGAGACACCGAAGUUCGAAAAGCGGCGCGGCCGUGUCAAGAAGAAGCUCGACCUAAUGCGUGCAGCUAAUGCGGGCCACACGGUAGGUGGCAUCGGCUGCGGGGUUGCGAACGAGGCGACUCCGUCACCGAGUUCGUCGGUCAGCGAAGGCCUGGACAUGUUUCCAGACUCACCAGUGCUCAACAACAACAACAACAAUAAUAACAACAAUAACAACAGCAGCUCAACCUUGGGCGGGGGCGGGGGAGGCAGUGGCGGUAAUGCCACGUUCCAACUCAGCCCCGAUUUCCGACCCCGCGCUUCGUCAAAUGCCUCGUCAUGUUCACGGUUAUCGCCGAUACCGGCACUCGAAGCAGACAACCAGGCGCCGCUAUCUCCGAUAUCAUGGAACAAUGAUAUGGUGAGCAUGUAUAGUACAGGGGGCCCGACAGCUGCCCCAGCAUACGCGGCCGAUUUGGACAAUGUGAAGUUAUGCGACUCAAUCGCCGAAGCAAUGACUAUCAAGGACCCUCUACCACUAAAUACAAACGCAACUUAUACCUCGUUUUACAAUAAUACACCACCUCUUUACACUGAGCUUUCGUCAGCACGAUCCCAUACCCUGGACAGCGUUGCGAGCGGACUUAGUUUAUCCCGAAAGAAACUGGAAGCCCGAGAGGUUGGAGUAGGCUAUUGUAAUGGGGGGUUGUCGCUAUCGGCGGGCGUCAAGCCGCCGCCGACGAUUCCCGAGAGUCAUGAGCCACCCUCCGUGUGUCCGUCCGGCAGCGCCCCAUCUGUGUCUUCAGCUGGAGGCAAUCUUCACCCGUUGUCGCCUCUCUCGAGCCUGGCACCCAGCCUCGCGUCACUCUCUCCAAUGGCACCUGUCGCUUCGCAGGUGCCUUCCGCUGGGAACCCUCUUAGUCACCUGGUGCAGCAGCAGCAGCAGCAGCAGAGUAAACUGGAAGCAGGCACGGGCUGUUCAUUAUCGGCCCUUGGCGGUGCGGCCUUGCAGUUACGUAGCCACCUGCCUAUUGUUGGUUCAGGUACAGAUUGCUCCGACUUGAACCUAGAUACCCUGGAUACGCUGCAGGACACACUUCAAGGUGGGCUCGAGUGUGACGUUGACCAGGUGAUCAGGCAUGAGUUGAGCGUAGACGGAACUCUUGAUUUCAAUUUUACCGAUUCCGGGACCUCCGUAUCAAACCAAGUGCAUCUACAGUCAGCGUCGCCGGGUUCACGAUCAUGGGUUCACUGAGCUCUGCCAGUACUGUUCGUAGAUGGUACAGUUCGACGGCAGACAACACAUGCUGACUGGAUAUAUGGCGUAACGUGGCCUAGAGUAGCGAUCGAUCAGUCUGGCUGCCAGAGCCGCCGGGCCCAACGAAAUGAAACCGUCCAGCUCGUAAAUGCAUUGUGUCUUUCGUGGGCAUGAAUAAUCGUGAAAACACCCGUCAUGUUUAUGAUCCACGCCAACGACAAACUUACCUAUAUACCCAUCCUCCCGCGCACGCGUCCGAAGUGUAUACCGCAUUAUCUAGAAUCAUCUAGGAAGCAGCAAGCAAUGUACCGACUCGCGGAAUUACCGACCCCUUUUUCGGCGCACAGCGCAACGGACUGACAGCGCGCUUAUCUAAGUCUAUCACCUACUCAGAAAGCAAAGCCAAUCACCGAAGUUGGCCUGUUGAGCCUUAUUGGCCUAUUGGCAACGUUAAACUUUGUCUCUUUAACAAAACAACAAACCAGGAAAAGGUUGCCUUUUUAGAAAAAAAAAACGUACAGAGAAACAGAAAGUUACUGAGACGCACAGUUAUAAGAACAGGCCUCGGAAAGGGUAAUCGAGAGCAUGGUCGAUAUUCUGUAUUUAGCCAGGACAUGAUUCUGCCAACAGUCAAUCUUACUGGACGCAUUCAGAGAAGCAGUUCGAAUUGGCCACUGUCUACGGCGGAUCAUAAUAUAAUAAACAAUACCGCGCGGAACCUACCGCGGCUUCGAGCUCUAAGCUUCUAGGCGUGGUGUUCAUAGAAAACAUAUAUAGUACCUUUAUGAUUAGCAGUAAAAAGAAAACAUUAUUAUUGCUCAGACGUCGUAGCAAGCCUCACGACACGAAAUGUAAAUAAUCAUUUUUGUAUUGCCUCAUCCGUCUUCUCUAAAUAGGUGUCGCAUGCUGUUCUUUAUACCUCUGUUUACUAAAGCUGGAAAGCAAUUGCACGCCGCGCCGCAGAAUGUUGAUUCAAAAAGCACCCAUAGCUGGAGAACAAUUGCGACGAAGGCCGUGCUAGAAAUCAUGUCAAAACCAUUAUAUGUAUGUUCAUAUACAAGUGGAAUACACACACUAUACGUGGAAAUAACGAAGCUACCUGUUUAUUAUUACUCCUAUAUUAGCUAGUACUAUGACGUCAUUAAAGUACUAUUGUACGGGCAAAGCAGCCAGAUGAAUGGAGACAGACGGCUACUACCUCCCACCCCCAGCCCUUCUCCUCUUUCUAUAGCUCACUGUCGCCCAUUUCAAAAUGUGUUGAAAUAAUCCCGUUGUUUUUCCUUGUUUGGUUACUACCUUUCAUACAGGCUUCCGGUGCUUCCGUUUAUUGCUUAGUGGGAUAUUUAGUCAUAACAUAUGGUCUUCGUUAGCCAAUGACCCUAUAUUGAUAUUAAGGUUGUUUAAAUAGCUGUUAACGAACGAUAACGCGCUAAGCCAAGUACGUUUCGGUGGUUCGAAUCUUCGGCCCUAACGGGAUGAACGCAGAGCAGCUCUCUCUAUAUAUUACAUUGUAUUUUGCUCUUCGAAAGAGUCUAUCAAGACGAUAUACGAGUCGACGCAGUACACUCCUCAGUCAUACAAGCAACUAUGACAUUGAUAUAUAGAUAUAUCUACAAGUGAUAUGUAUAAAAACAAAAUAGAUAUAUACAUAAUCUGUAGACAAACAUAUAUGUAUCCGGAUAAAUUGCAUUGCCUGCUUCGUCAGCUAUCCGUGCGCUCAUUCAGUGUUUUGUUGUUGUGGUCCGUGUAAGUUCAACUACCAAACGUAAAAAUGACAGGACAGUGCAUCAUAUGACACGAUCAGGGCGAUGGUACUGACUACGAUGAUAUGAUUGAGGGGUGCGGCGAUAAGGGUGCGUAACACGCUACGAAGAAACGCUUAUAGUAUAUAUUCGUUCAGCGCACACACACCAAUAAUAUUUUUCCCUUUUUUUAAUUGAAGGACAACAAAUGGCCGACUGAUAACGUCCUAUCUAUCCAAACUAGCACUCGUAAAUGAUAUAAAAUUUGCGGUACGACAAACUGAUCGACUAUAGUAGCUAAAUACAUCGUCGCACAGAUGACAUGUAAAGACACAUGUAAAGAACUGUUGUAGUCCACAUGUCACCCGAAGUACGGUAAAAUGGCUAUGACCAAUUAAAUAAUGAUCAAUGCACACAAUGAUUGCUAAAUUAGACGGAGACAUGUCUGUUUGAAAAUGUUCGAAAUGGCGUUCUAUUUAUCUUAUAAACUUAAUUAUUACUUCUCGCCAUACGUACCGCUAGCAUAUCUUUUAGAUUUAUUUGGCGGUUCGUCUGCAUCGCACAUUAUGUAAGCGAUGUCUGAUUACACAUGUGAACUCAGAAAACCCUGAAAGCCACUUGAGCACGUGUCGCUUGAAGCACUGAUGCAUCAAGACGCUUUCUCAUAGAUACAUACAUACAUACAUACAUACAUACACUCAUAUCCACACGCCUUCAGACACACACACAAACAAAAGUACGUAGUGGUAUUGUUGCAACACACAAAAGUUAAGUAGAAAAAGUCAAUGUAUCGUUAGUCAUCAAAAAUAAAUAAUAGCCAUAUGAGGUUACAGCGGACCAACAGCGGAGUAGAGAUCAGGAGUGAUAGUCGUGGGAACUAUCCACUCGAUUACGUACUAUGCCACUGCUGAAGAUAAUGAUUAUUACUGUUAUUAUAAUCACUACUAAUAUCUGAUUAGUAGAAAUACUGUUACCGCUAGAAUAUUUGUCAUUAGUAUAAUACCUGGUGGCCAGAAGUGCACGCCACUGGUUGGUCUUUAAAGGCAUUGAAUUUGUGUCUAUAAAUGGCGAAUGCCACUAGCAAACUAUAGAAAAGAGAGCACAAUUAUUCUGGUGGCUCGCUAGGCUAGGUCCGGGUACGCUAUGUCGCACGCGUUAACCCUACACGCAGUUAUGUAUGAUAAAACAAAAAAAAGUCUUCUUCAUUCACAAAGGUUCGUAGGCUGACUUUGUCAACCACCAUUACGCGGAUCGUUCUGUCGGAUCAGAGAGAUUGCUAAUUAAGAGUUGCCCUUAUGUAGUUUGCAGAGCGCCCGCAAGUUACUUACUUUCUGGAAAGUUGCACGACAAACUCGCGGAAAUCACCACAUUUCCGUCGUACGCGUUUUUCAAAAACGGCGCUGAAUAGUUGUGAGCAGUAAAACCAUUUCGGAACAAUUAGAGCGAUAUAAAGGUUCAAGUAAAACUUUUUUGUGAGAUUUUGCAAGAGAAAAAAACGUUACAUAGUCGUAAUGCUACCUUUGAACAUUCGACAGCGUAAUUUCCAAACUAGGGAUCAGCCUCAAAAGUGCGACCUAAAUUUCUAAAUGCCGGUACACACAGCCUCUGAUCAUUACCUAAGAUAGGAUAUGACAUUUGGAAUAGGCUUCAUGAUGGCACUUGAGUGCGGAUCGUAUCAGGAUACAUCCCAGUCAACCAUCUCCUGAGCGGCAGGUACGUCUAUUUAUCUCGGCAAAGAUUUUCAGGUCGUCGGCGUAUUCAUCAUAUUUAAUAGAGACAUCCUCAAAUAAAAACUUGAAUGAUCUUAACGGUGUAUAGAAGAGGGCCCAUGGAAUUCCAAAUCGAACCCCUGUAGAGGCUGUCAGAGUGUGUCCGGUUGUCAUGUCGAAGGAACGAUCUGUGAAAUAGGUGCGACACCAGUCCAUUACUUUGGGUCUCAUCUGAGGGGCAGACAGCUUUAAGAUGAAUAACUUUCUGCGAUCCAUUGUCAGUGCACGAGAAAUACAUAGUGUAUUAUGAUGAUUUUCUUCCGAAUGCCGAGUUGUGGAUAAUGUCCGGUAGUUGAGUGCAAGUUGACUCCUUUUACAUAAACCCACGCUGAUUCGGGUUUGGGAGUCCAGACGAGCAUAGAUGAAAGGACAUGUGAUCUAUGAUGAUGGAAAAUAUAGACCCCCUGAAUAAUGGGACGAUAGUUCUCAGCAACCACGCACUAUCUCUUUUGUAGACCGGAAUUAUAAUACUCCACCGAAAAGCUAAGGGUGAUAAUGUCAUUUCGGAAGAUAAUUGUAACCAAAGUUAAAAUACUCUCCCGAAAUAAUGAACGUAAUAUCUACAAUAGUCGCCAUUUCUAUCUACUGUUGAUUGAUGUGAAGUUUGAUAAUAGACUCGGAAUAAAUGUGAAACGACAAGAAAAUAUUUGUAUGUACAAUCAUGACGGGCCAAAAGAUAAUAAGAAUUUUGCCGAAAUAUCAGCAGUUCGGUCUUCAUCGCAGAAAGUAUAUAGGAUAUAUACACACUAAAGACGCAGCGAUCACUAGUCAGAGCUAAUAAUAAAGAAAAAAAAAAAAAAAAACCCUUUGAAAACGACACCACUGAGCGACCAUCUCGUUAGACUACGAAACAUUAUACAAACGUCUGCUUCAUAUUUAUUAUCUCAGAAACUCGAUAUAAAUGGAACAAAGAAAAUGAUGUCAGGUGUUCACGUGAUGCUACCAAGGUUUAGACAAUUGAAGGGGAAAGCUUCCUGUGACGCCACAAGGCGUCAACGACUGGUCAGAGACUUUAGCUGGAACAAUGAGAAACUAACAAAUGUUAAUUGUCUAUUUAUCAAGAGCCGUUUUACCUAAAACAAUAUUAUAAUAAUAAUAAUACAUCUAACAAAGUAGAGAUAUAUCUUUUGAAUAACGCUACUUGGCGAUUUGCGCCUCAUUGUCAUGUAAAAAUGUUAAAUAUGAGCUUAAGAGCUCACUGAAGACAGUUUGACACGAUCAAUAGAGUGGAGCUAAUAUACGACCACUUGCUCAAAAGUGGCCAGCACAGAAAGCUAGCAAAGUAAAAGGUCAAAGAAGUAGCGAAAUUGCUUUUGACAUUGAAGUUACUUUUUAAGCAGUUCCCUUAGUAAGCAAGGAUCAAGAGGCUCAUUUAGCUGUCGCCAUUUUGUUAACUGAGUGAGAAAUACUAUAUUAGAGGAUUUUAUCGGCUCCUAUUUUUCUAUCGUCUGUUGAUCUACGUUUCACAUAUUCCGCUUUUAAUGGGUCUUAGUUUGCCUUAUUCUUUAGGAGAAACUAUCGUAAACGGGAAAAAAAGCCGCACAAUUGAGAAGCUUUUUCUGAUAACGAACUAUACCACAGAAACUCGGAUCUGUGGUUCGGUCGAACGCUUUGCUAAUUCGGAAGUUCGAAGAGUUCAAAACUUAGAGCUAUUUCAAUUUAGGGAAAGUGGGCUAUUUCAGUGACGAGCCGAGAGGGCGGUAAGGGCACUUAAUGCAAUUGUCACAAGAGCAACGGGCAUUCUACUGUGCGAAAGAUUAUUAAAGGAAGACGAACUACAUAUACGGAACUCAGAGGACAACAUGGCUGUCGUCUGUGUUCCAUAGACCUGUUAAAAGAGAGGUGAUUAAGGACAGCUGACAUGAAUUAAUUACUCGUGCGCAUUGCCAUUGUAGUAGUUCCAAGAUGGCCCAUGCGUACCUUUCCCGAGAUUUUUUAGUUUUUUUUUGGUUUAUGUUAAGUGGUCUUUCCACACCUGUCACGAACAAUGAAGGUUCGUACUACAUAGCUCCAUUUAUCACCCGCAUUGAUAGAAGCGACACACUAUUGUAUUUUGGUGACUCUCCCGCUUUUGUUCAAACCAAGCAGUAUCAGGCAACAUAAAUGUCUAUCCUAAAAUUUGUAUAAUUUCUCUAUGAAGUUCUGCAAUUUCCGCCGGAUCUUUGCUGUCUGAUGUGUUUAUUCAUAGCAAAAAGCUCUGGAAUUUUUUCCUGAAUCCUAUUUUCUUAAGCAUUUACAACAAAUAUGAUAAUUAUAGUGGUGCUAGUACACGGCAACACUGUCUGGUGCAUUAGCGUAUACGUACGAGUUUACUCGCACCAAAAGGGUACAUUGGACUGUACAGCUUUCGCAAACACAAGCGAAAGAUCCUAAACCCAGAAAAAGACAGCAUAUCUCAAGGCAUCAUAUGACUAAUAGGUACGCAAUCAUUGGCGAAUAAUACUACGGCAUUGGGUCCUGUAGAUGCUCUGAGAGCCUGCUUUCCCCUCGUUUCGGCAGUUGUUUGCACUUACACGACAUUUGCUUUCGAUUAAACCACCGCCACUAGUACAGCAAGAAUUAGGCUUACAAAAAAAAGGCUCUUUUAAUUAAAAGUUUGAUGUGUAAGUAUUGUCCACAUAUACCGGCCUCACUUAAAGGCAUGUGGCACUCUAAAGUGGGGCUCCAGCCGGUAUUUUCUAACUGCAGUGGUACCUACUAAGUUGACAUUUUCCUCUGUUUCUGAUGAUUUUAGGUUUUGCUUUAACUAAUUAUUUUGACUAAAAAGGGAAGACCACCGCGUGUGAACAGACGGAAGGGCAAAUGUCUUGAAGGUUCGGCAGAUGGAGACCUAUUGCUAAAAUUGAGACAAAAAAUCUCUAGAGUUAUCGACCAGGCAUGGAGCUUCGAGCGCGGUUGGGAAGCUAAGGGUUGACAUUUGCCCAGGGUUAUUAUCUAAUGAGCUUCUUCGUUCAGAAUAACCAUAUGGACAUCUUUGUUCGAAGUGCAUGAGACAUAAACUGAUUACAUACAGGCACGUACACGUUAACAUCACAUGAUACAUGUGUAACAUAUAUAUAUAUAUAUAUAUAUAUAUAUAAAUCUCUUUCAAUCAGUCAGCACUUGUUUGUUAUGGCUACAUGAAAGGCUGCACCGUUCGCAAACUGCUUCAGAUACUCGAUGAAUCUAUAGCCGCUCCGGCGGCCACUCAGUACCGGCUCGAUAAUAGUGUCAAAUCGACGACUUGGAUAUCAUUGUUCAUCUAGGUGUUGUAUAUGAUUAGCACAGUUAUCACAGCCAACACGCUACCAACGAGAGGGAAGCUAACGAUUCCGUUAUUACUAUUAUGGCUUCGAUAGGAAUACCGGACAUAUAUCAUUAUAUAGCAUAUAUAUUAUUUUACGAUAUCAAUGCCGAUUGAGUGAUCGCCUAUAUAUAUAACACUAAUGCAGGCUAUACGUCUAUUGUCAAUCUAUAUAUACACUACAAAAAGCAUAUCGCGGUUACACACACACACACACAUUAUUCCUAUAUAUAUAUAUAUAUAUAUAUAUGUAUAUAUAUAUAUCGUGCAGUGGUAUUCAUGGCAGCCAUCAUCUACCAAUGAGAUACGUGUGUUAAUUACUAAUAUUAAUAUUGUACGAUUGUAAAAUAUGUGUAAUGAAGAGCUAGAGAUGAUGAUAAUAAUAGAGCGGCCAUCACCACCAUUGUUAUUAUGGUUACCAUCAGGGCUCGUUAUCUUUGUAUCAGAUGACGAGUAGAUAGGAAAACAAGUUAAGACUAUUAUGGCGCUGGUCAUAACGGUGUCACAUAGAAAAACUUGCAGAAGACAACUACACAGAAGU